ACAGCUGACAAAAAUCUAUCGAUAUUUUCAACAGCAUUUAUUGUUUUCGGUGCAAACGACUCCGGCAAUUUGUUUAAAUGUAGCCCCAUUCGGUUUGAGAACCUCUAAAAUAGAAUGGGUUAUGACGAACGCAGCGAUGGCAGCAGCUCUAGCGAUGCUCAGGAUUGUUUUCAGCGCAGUAUGUCAACAAAAAUGGGCACACAGCAGGUGACUAUGCCUAAGCAUAUUCCUUUUCCGGAGCACGCAACUACAUCGGAAUGGCUAAGUGAGCUUAUAAUGUGCGCCUUUACAAUGGGCGCAGCUAUUGUACAAUUUAUAAACAUUUAUCGCACUAAUUGGUGGUUGCCACAGUUCCAAACACGUCACAUGGUGAACAUUGAACUAAUCGAUCCGUAUUUACGUUAUCUUAUACUCAUUCUAAAUACACGAAGAUUUCUUUAUUGCAUGCUGUUGGCCAAAUGGAAAAACAAUGGCUGUCGCAUAGUCCAGUUGAGCAUUAAAUAUGGCUUCGGUGUUAUUGUUCAGAUAGGUCUGUGCUAUUGCGCUUUCAGGCUCUAUCAGACACACACCUACAUGUUGCUCUUCUAUUUGAGUUAUCCAGUGGUGGUAUAUCUCAUAAUUUUUGGCUUUCAAUUGGAACCGUUUCUGCGCACUCGUUUCGAGGUACCGGGCGUUUAUAUCAACGAUCUGCCCGUACAUAGCUGCACUACGAAUGCAGCACAAAUACGUGACGAAAUUGAAACGCUGCGUCAUGAUUUCAACAAACGUUUCAAGCAAUUGAUUUUCACCUGCAUGCUGAAUGCAUAUCUAGUGCUUAUUCCCUGUCUUUUGUCAUUGAGUGUGCAAUAUAAUGUUAUGCGUGCUGCUCAGCAUUGCAUUAUCGUUUGCCUGGGCGCCUUUAGCUUGUCAGCUGUUUUCCAAUAUCCGGCCAAGUACAGCGAUACUCUGCAUCGUGCCACUUUGCACUUAGGCAGCUGGCAGCGCAUGGAUCGAGAUCCACUGGCAGCGCCCUCGCAGCUUAUUGUAGCAGCCAACGCACAGAGCUGGUCAAAGUACACUGUCUACGGGCAUGGUACGGUGGUAAAGCACAAUGGAGCGCUCUAUCGGAGUCACGGCCUGGUCACUGUUGCCACUCCCGGCAAUGCCAGCCAUCUCCGUUUCUAUAAACUGUUCCACAAUCCCACUGUCAUUUACUCCACUUUAGCUACUUUGCAGGCAGCAGUGCUCCUAGUGGAGAUUGCUUCACUAAGCGCGGCCAGCAUUGAAUGGCAUUUUGUACUAUCCAUUAGCUUUGUAGCUUUUACUAGCAUGGUCGCCUUCUUUAAACUGGUACGAGAUUACUUGAUUACCAAGCAUUUGUACAAAGCAGAGUGCUCCACCAUUUACAAUUAAGUUAGCUAAGAGCGUGUUCAUGUCAAAAAAUGACAUAUGCUAGGUCUUUAAAUAUAUGGAACAGCUUAAGUUCUUUCCUCUUUUUUCUUAUUAAUUUAAGGUCAAUAUGAAAAUCUUUUAAUUUAAGCCAAUGAUGAA